ACUUUUUUUAUCUUUCCUUCUCUCCUUUACCAAAACUCUUCUUCUCGGCAAGGAAAAACAAAAAAAAAAACUAAAAUGAAAACUAGUCGGAGAUCGUCGGUUCGAAGCACGUCGGCAGCAUAUCAACGCCGGCUAGAACCGGAACCAAAACCGGCGUUGGAUAGAUUCAUGAAGAUUAUUCUCCACUCAACAAUCAAGGAAAAAAUGAUGAAAAUUCCGGCUAGAUUUGUGAGAUUAGGUCCUAAACUCACUGACACGGUGACAAUCGAGACUCCUGCGGGUUUCAAGCGUUCGAUUCGGAUCAAACGAGUCGGUGAUGAGGUUUGGUUCGAAAAUGGUUGGAGUGAGUUUGCAAAGGCUCAUUCUUUGAGUAAAGGUCAUUUUCUGUAUUUUUAUUACAAAGGGAACUCAAGUUUCCGUGUUGUGAUCUUUGAUGUUUCUGCUCUUGAAAUUGAUUAUCCACUGGACAAAGUUGAUGUGAUUGAGAGUGAUGAUGAUGAUGAUGAUGAGGUGAUGGAAGUUAUGGAUCUUGAAGAAGAAGAAGAAGAAGAAGAAGAAGGGUUUUCUGGAGUUGAAAGUAGUGAUGAUGAUUCAUGUAGUGUGAUUGAUUUGGAAGAAAUGUUGAAGAAGAAACCAAGAGUCAACAUCAAGUCUGAGCAGAUUACAACUGAUGAUGUUGAAGAGAUUGAUUCCAUGGAUGAUAUUGAAGAAUAUGAGAUAGCCUUGACGAGGCGUAAGAGAAGUUCUUAAAACCUUGUGCAAUAUGUUUUCUUUGGGCUUUUUUUCAACAAAGAUCUCUGCGGUUACUAGCUUAGUUAAACGUGCUUACAAGCUUGAUUGUAGUAAGAAAUUAAGACCCUUUGUGUAAUGUAUGUGUUUGUCAUGUCUGAAUCUGGCAAGAACAUUUAGCUUAAUUGUAGUAAGUAAGAAACUUGGCUCUUAUGUGAUCCUUUUGUGUAUGAAAGUUUGCCAUGUCUGAAA